GUGCACGGAAGGCCUCAGUGUCAGAGCAGUCCUAGGGCUUGCUCAGAGCAGGAGCACCCUGCGCCUUGAGGCAUUUGUCAGUGGGCAGCUGCACACUGACAGGAGCCUUGUUUGUUCUAGUGUUGGAGCACAGCGUGCAAACUUGCACAGAAGUGCUACAAUGAUUCAGCAGCUUGCUGCUGCAGUGGUUACUGUUUAUGGCGUGACUUAUUCCGGCUAUUUUCUGACUCACCUGGCACGUCACAUAAAACAGGUAUUCAGCGGAGCUGAUCCUGAGGUGACAAAAGCAACAGCCAUCUCUCCCCUGGCUCCCUCUGCUCCUGGAGAAGAAGCCAAAAAGGAGCAAAGGGAGCAAGAUGACCACGAGGCUCCAGCCGUGGUCACAGCCCAGCCUGAUCAUCCCAAGAGAGUCUUUGUAGAGAAAGAGCAGGAUGAGACUCCUUUACCAGAGAUGCCAUGCCAGGCUCAGGGAGAGCUGUUCCCAGCCCGAGAGCAGGAAGAGCAGCUCAGGCAGCAGGUGGAAGAGCCACAGCAGAAUGGCCAGAACAUCAAGUCAGAGCCCCAAGCAGAGCUGCCUGAAGCUCAGAGUGCCAUCAUGGCAGUGAAGAGGAGGAACAAAGAUGAGAUGAGAAGAAUUCCAGAGGAGAUGAAUCACCAUCAGCACAGGGGCCAUCAACAAAAACAGGUACGUGUAAGAGUGGCAGUCACUACACUCAUGAAACAGCGUGUUUAUUCUUGUUUACAGACCAUCAAGGAAGAUGUGCAGGCAGAGCUGCAGGAAUCUGGGGCUGGGGACAAGGCAAGGGAGAAGAGGCUGGAGGACGAAAUGAAAAUCAUCAGAGAGAAACUUAACCGGCUCCCUUGGGCUCUGCAAAAGCAAGUGACAAAAGCAACAGCCAUCUCUCCCCUGGCUCCCUCUGCUCCUGGAGAAGAAGCCAAAAAGGAGCAAAAUGAGCAGGAUAACCACAUGCGCCCAGCCGUGGUCACAGCCCAGCCUGAUCAUCCCAAGAGAGUGACUGAACCAACAGCCAUCUCUCCUCUGGCACCCUCUGCUCCUGGAGAAGAAGCCAAAGAGGAGCAAAUUGAGGGAUAUGACCGUGAGCCUCCAUCGCCGGUCACACCAGAGCCUGAAUAUUCCGAGCCUGUCUUUGUAGAGAAAGAGCAGGAUGAGACUCCUUUACCAGAGAUGCCAUGCCAGGCUCAGGGAGAGCUGUUCCCAGCCCGAGAGCAGGAAGAGCAGCUCAGGCAGCAGGUGGAAGAGCCACAGCAGAAUGGCCAGAACAUUUACAAACAGAUGCCGGCAGAGCUGCAGGAAACUGAGGCUAGGAACAAGGCAAGGGAGAAGGGGGAAGAAGAAAUAAUUGAAAUCAUCAUAAAGAAAUUUAAACCCGUCCUUCAGGAAAGAAUGCCUCUAGAAGAGAAAGUGCAUGUGUUGACAUCCUACCUGGCAGACUACAAAAUGUUCCAGCAAAUGACAGCAGACCAAGAGCCCCGAGGCUGGAGUGAGGUCCAGGAACCAAACCAACCAGAGAUGCUGCAGGAUGAGCACAUCCCGAGGAUGGUGGAGGAAAAGAUAAUUCCACAGCAGGAGAUCUACACCGGCUUUGUCAGUGAAGCUGCUGCAGCAGCAGCAGCAGCACCGUCCCAAGGAGCCUUUGCUCUCCAGCCGGAGAAGUGGAGCUGGGGCACUUGGUUCACCUCCUGCACUGACCCAGCUGCCGCUCAGCAACAGCGGAUCGAAGAUGACUCCCUGCAGCAAUGGAGGAGAAUGGUGAAGAUGGAAAAUCCCAUGAUGAAAUACACGGAACUGGAAUAUAUUGGCAGUGGGACUUUUGGAGAUGUUUGUAAAGCACUCGACACUGCCACAGGAGGAGAGGUGGCCAUAAAGAAAAUAAAUCUUCAAGAACUGAUCAGAAGGAAAGUAACCUUUAAGGAACUCAUGGUCAUGAAAAUUAAUAAGCACCCAAACAUUGUGAAUUAUUUAAAGAGCUACCUUCUGGGUGAUGAACUCUGGCUGGUUAUGGAGUACAUGGAUGGAGGUGCCCUGAGCGAUGUCAUCAAUGAGAUUCACAUGUCUGAAAGAGAGAUUGCAGCCGUCAGUCGGGAGUGCCUGCAAGGACUGGAUUUUCUUCACUCCAACCACGUGAUCCACCAAGAUCUGACGAGCAGCAACAUCCUUCUCAGAACCGAUGGCUCUGUCAAACUGGCUGACUUUGGCCUCUUUGCUCAGCUCACCCCUAAGCAGAAUAGAUGGAACUCCAUGGCCGGCACUUUGGGGUGGAUGGCGCCUGAAGUGGUGACAGGUCAACCAUAUGGCCCCAAAGUGGACAUAUGGUCUUUUGGAAUCGUGGGCAUUGAAAUGGUGGAACGACAAGUUCCGUACUGGAAAGAAACUUCUGGCAUGCCUCGACUCGUGAUAGAUAUACGAGGGACACCAAGGCUGUAUCAGCCCAACCUAUUUUCACCUUGCCUGCGUGACUUCCUGAGCAUCUGCAUGCAGACAGACGAGGCACGGCGCUGGUCUGCCAAGGAGCUCCUGCAGCAUCCAUUUGUAAGAUCUGCUGAGCCUGCAUCCAGCCUGGUGCCACUGCUUGUUGCAGUGAAGAAGAGGACAGAGACAAGACAAGACAUCAGCACCACUUAGUUAUCAACAAGCUUAGAGCAGGAUUGUAGGUUAGGAUAAGGGUUAGGCUUAGGCUUAGGCUUAGGCUUAGGCUUAGGCUUAGGCUUAGGUUUAGGCUUAGUUUAGGCUUAGGUUUAGGCUUAGGCUUAGAUUUAGGCUUAGUUUAGGCUUAGGUUUAGGCUUAGGCUUAGGUUUAGGCUUAGGCUUAGGCUUAGAUUUAGGCGUAAAUUUAGGUUUAGGUUUAGGCGUAAGUUUAGGCUUAGGUUUAGGCGUAAGUUUAGGCUUAGGUUUAGGCGUAAGUUUAGGCUUAAGUUUAGGCUUAGCUUUAGGAUUAGACUUAGGCUUUGGGUUAGGCUUAGGACUAGGUUUAGGACUACGGUUACGGUUAGAGUUAGUGUUAUGACUAGGUUUAGGUUUAGGUUUAGUGUUAGAGUUACAACUAGUCUUAGGGGGCUAGGGUUAGGGUAUGAUUGUGUAAUAGGUCUGCCAAGUAGGAUUUGAAAUUAAUAAAAUAUUUCAAACCACAA